AAGUGACAAGUGUCUGCUGUUGCAGCUGUCCCUAGAAAACACACCAAGUCGUCGCUGUUUUGUUACCCGCAGAAGAAACUGUCAAGAGCUGCAGCUUUGCUCCAGCCACUACAGGGAGACCCUGUUGCAACCUGGUAGGUCUCAGUCGGAGUCCAGUUUUAGGGAAGCCGCAGACCUUCAUCACAAAAGGAAGUGUUCAGGCCCAGGCCAGAGGUGUGAUGUCGUGAAAGUCACCAUGUGGAGACAUUGAGAGGUUCUUCAUGGUUUCUCCAACGACAACAGCGGUGUCUCCAGCCUCUCUGAGAACAAUUCAUUGGCGGGGGUGCAGCUGCCAGAUUAGCCCUCGGGCUCGAGAUGGAUAGAAGGGAGCAGGUUCCUUCAAGGCCACCACCCCGCCCUCCCCCUUCCAUCUCAAGCCUUCCCAGCUGCUCUGAGACUGUGGUGGGGAAAGUGGCCCCUUCGGAGCGCCGCAGGACAGGUGUCACGCCAGCAGGAGCGGACAUGAUCUCCACGCCUCCCUCUUUUGGAGGCUGGGGUGGGAGAUGGACGAUCACAACGGGUGUUUCCAGCUGUGCGCAGGGACUGAUUGGCUGGGGACCCAACAGGACAGCUGCAGACACCGUAACCGUGAACGACGAUGGAGUACGAGGACUACAACUACUCCCUCUCCUACGACGAUGAAGAUUUCAGCACCAUCAUGAUUCCGGAGGAGUCUCGCUCCCCCGAAGGCGACGUCAUCAGGAUCUUCCUGGUGGCGAUCUACAGCAUCGUCUGCUUCCUCGGGAUCCUGGGCAACGGCCUGGUGAUCUUCAUCGCCACCUUCAAGAUGAAGAAGACGGUGAACACGGUCUGGUUCAUCAACCUGGCCAUCGCGGAUUUCCUGUUCAACCUCUUCCUCCCCAUGCACAUCGCCUACAUCGCCAUGGACUACAACUGGGUCUUCGGGACGGUCAUGUGCAAGAUCAACAGCUUCCUGCUCUUCCACAACAUGUACACCAGCGUCUUCCUGCUGACGGUCAUCAGCUUCGACCGCUGCGUCUCGGUGCUGCUCCCCGUCUGGUCGCAGAACCACCGCAGCGUGCGCCUGGCCUACAUGGCCUGCGUGGGCAUCUGGGUCCUGGCGUUCUUCCUGAGCUCGCCGUCCCUCGUGUUCCGGGACACGGCCCUCGUGCACGGGAAGGUCUCCUGCUUCAACAACUUCAGCUCGUCCCCGUGGUCCGCUCAGCCCCAGCUGGACUCCGUGGGCUUCCACCGGCACCUGGUGGUGACCGUCACGCGCUUCCUCUGCGGCUUUCUGAUCCCGGUCCUCGUCAUCACCGCCUGCUAUCUCACCAUCGUCUGCAAGCUACGGCGCAACCGGCUGGCCAAGACCAAGAGGCCCUUCAAGAUCAUCGUGACCAUCAUCAUCACUUUCUUCCUGUGCUGGUGCCCCUUCCAAACCCUGUUCCUCCUGGAGCUCCACCACACCUCCGUGUCCCGCUCUGUCUUCAGCUUGGGUCUGCCCCUGGCCACUGCCAUCGCCAUCGCCAACAGCUGCAUGAACCCCAUUCUGUACGUCUUCAUGGGUCAGGACUUCAAGAAGUUCAGGGUAGCCUUCUUCUCCCGCCUGGUCAACGCUCUGAGUGAAGACACGGGCCACUCCUCCUACCCCAGCCACAGGAGCUUUACCAGGAUGUCAACCGUAAACGAGAGGUCCUCGAUGAAUGAGAAGGAGACCAACAUGCUCUGAGCCCCCCCUGGGGGCCCCAGGAGACACCCCCGACCUUGGCGUCCAGAGCUCUGCUUUCUCAAGACCGCAGCAGGAGCCUCGUCAGCACCCACCGAUGCCCUCUGUAUUUUGCACGGGGCUGAACAGUGUUUUGAGCUGGGCACCCAGGGCUUGGAACCCCUGUCUUGCAGUGGCAUGGGGGACAUGGCAGGCCAUGUGGCUCAGAGCCUUGGACCAGCAUCCCACGCUUCUUGGGGAGACCAGCCUUGACUGAUGCAAAGCAAAAAAAAAAAAGGGGAACAUUCUCAAAAGCACUGCGAUCGGCAUAAGACCCGGAGACUCUGCUAUCUACUGUGCGCUCCCCGGUAAUGACACAAACACUCUACAGGGUCCGUUCCUGGUGGGAGCAGAGGAGGGCAGAGCUAACCAGUGUGACACUCGCAGGUCACACCUCCCCCUGCAUACCUGUUCAAUAGCCAGGCAGGAACCCCACCACUCCAGCCAUUACUUGGCUUAGGGUGUGUGGAAACGUACCGGUGACCUGGGGGAAGAAAGGGACAUGUGAGCACCUGGCCCCACAGGACCGUGCAUUUGGCUUUCAGACCAAGUAGGAAGACAAAGAACAGGUUCUGAGGGGCCACGUGGGCUCUUUGUGAGGGCGGACAGGCAGGGUGCAAUGGGAGCUGGGG